GCAGCAGAUCCGAACGCAUAACAGAACUCCGAACCAAAUUAAUGACACCCCACAGCGGAUAGAGUGGCGUCGGAGUCCCAGUGUUCCACGAGCAGCGGAAACUGGGAAGAGAAAAACGAGAGAUAGGAACUCAGAAGUUUUACAGAUGGAGGAGUCCAGGAAAUAGAGAGAUAAAAGAGAGGACGAGAAAGCGAGAGAUCCGAAAGUUUGUUACGCUUGGAAACUGAAUCGGAGUCCAAAACAAGAAAGGCAAGAGAAUCAAGGAAGGAAGACAGGUGCCGACUAGUGCCAAGGGGCGCCAUUGCCCGGCCGCGCGUCGACGCACGCUCUGUUCUGCCGGCAGAGGAGGACCGCCAUGGGCGGCUACGAGCUCGUCAGGAGCGACGACGCCGCCGCCACAACGCCCGAUCUCGAGUUCGGCGGCUCCACCAGCUCCAAAGCCGAACCCCUGCCACCGCCGCGGCCGCCAUCGCCCGCCGCCCGGCAGCGGCUCGUCUCCCUCGACGUCUUCCGCGGGAUCACCGUGCUGCUUAUGAUCAUUGUUGAUGAUGUUGGAGGAUUUCUCCCGGCGUUGAACCACUCUCCUUGGAAUGGUGUAACUGUCGGCGAUUUUGUCAUGCCUUUCUUCCUUUUCAUAGUAGGGGUCUCUUUAACACUAGCAUACAAGAGGGUGCCGGACAAACUAGAUGCGACUAAAAAGGCUGUACUUCGUGCGCUCAAGCUGUUCUGCCUUGGUCUUGUACUCCAGGGUGGGUUUCUUCAUGGCGUCCGCAGUCUCACUUUUGGUGUUGAUAUUACCAAAAUACGUUUGAUGGGUACACUGCAGAGGAUUGCAAUAGCUUACCUUGUAGCUGCUCUCUGUGAAAUUUGGCUCAAGGGAGAUGAUGACGUUAAUUAUGGGCUUGAUGUGCUUAAGAGAUACCGCUACCAGUUGUUUGUAGGAUUGCUGCUCUCAAUCAUGUAUACUGUUCUUCUAUAUGGUAUCUACGUUCCAGACUGGGAGUACCAGAUUACAGGUCCUGGUUCUACACAGAAGUCAUUCUUCGUGAAAUGUGAAGUAAGAGGCGAUACCGGACCAGGUUGUAAUGCAGUUGGCAUGGUUGACCGUGCAAUGUUGGGGAUUGAUCAUCUCUAUAGAAGAGCAGUUUAUGCGCGUACCAAGGAAUGCAGCAUAUAUUCUCCACAAGGUGGACCUCUUCCACCUAAUGCUCCAUCAUGGUGUCAGGCUCCAUUUGAUCCUGAAGGCCUACUUAGCUCUGUUAUGGCAAUUGUCACAUGUUUGAUUGGUCUGCAAUUUGGACAUGUAAUUAUACAUUUUGAGAAAGACAAACAAAGAAUUAUCAAUUGGCUAAUCCCUUCCUUCAGCAUGUUAGCAGUUGCCUUCUCAAUGGACUUCAUUGGAAUGCGCAUGAACAAGCCGCUAUACACGAUAAGUUACACCUUAGCCACUGCCGGUGCUUCUGGGCUUCUUUUCGCUGGAAUUUACACCCUGGUGGACAUGUAUGGGUUCAGGAAACCCACCAUCUCCAUGGAGUGGCUUGGGAAGCACGCCCUGAUGAUAUAUGUGCUGGUGGCCUGCAACGUCUUGCCCAUGUUUAUACAUGGCUUCUACUGGAAAGAGCCCAAGAACAACCUUCUUAAGUACAUUGGAAUCAGAGCAUGAAACUACAAUAGCACGUAGGCGAUUGGGGCCAAAUAUAUUCGGCCUCGUUGUUUUUCUAUGUUCGGCCAGAGCUUGACGAUUGAUAAACUUCCCUGCUGCCUAUUCUAUCAGCAGAGAUGACGAAUGGCUGUUGUUGCCACUUGCAGGACUAUUGCCCUCUCUGCGCUCUUAAGAUGCUCUGUAUUUUGUGUAUGAUACGCUCUGCAAGAGGAUCUGCUCCGUUCAAAUUAUAUAUUUGAAGGAGCCUAAGGCGCUUGUUCACAGGAACUAUAAAGAUGUUAGAAUGUAAAACCCACAUCAAGUUCAACUGUAUUUAAAAGGUUCAUCUGUAUUUUUUAGUUUA